UUCGUUAUAUAAAGGUGUGAGACUCGGGGAAGAUUGUCAAACGAUUAGCUUUGGAUCGCGAGCUGCUGUCUGAAUUUUAUCGUUUGAGAAGAGAAGGAAACGUUUCCAGCCAUGACCAUCAAAUAUCUUCUGUUUGUGGCCAUUUGUCUUGGCAUUGCCAGAGAUAUCUAUGCCGUAGAUUUGACCCUGAAACCUGGUGAAACCAGUAAUGCUGCCAUCGAUGCAACCAUAAGAAAAAUCCGAGACAAUUGUAUUCUGGCACAAGAUUAUUAUUUCCUGAGACGCUUGGCAGUGGCCCAGAUGAAUUCUAUCGCAGCAACAACUGGUGGAAUAUGGAGGGUAACCAACACCCAAUUGACAACCGUCCAAAGUGCUUGCAAUGGUAUACUGAAAACGAAUUGCAGUAAAGCGAAAACUGAGUUCAACGUUGAUGUAUCGACCCUAACAAUGUCCGACCUACAAAUUCCCCUAUAUUCUGGAUUGGCAAUGAGCUUGUUUAUUUUAAAAUCUGUAUCACCGGUUCCGCUUCAAAAAGCACAGCAAGCUCAAUCGUGGAAAAAGUAUAUCUAUUCGAGCGGCGACACCACUAAAUUUGUGACCUGGUCAAAUGAAUUAGAACGGUUAAACGGUGAGUAAAAAUUAUUGUCUGUGCU